GGUGUCAGCGACUCCCUUGGGGUGAGUUUAGCGGGGGGUAAGGGCAGCCCUCUGGGGGACACACCCAUCUUUAUCGCCAUGAUCCAGGCUAACGGAGUUGCUGCCAAAACACGCCGGCUGAAGGUGGGGGACCGGAUCAUCAGCGUGAACGGCCAGUCUGUGGACAGCCUGUCUCACAGCGAUGUGGUCACCAUGUUAAAGAACAGCUUUGGGGUCAUCAGGCUUCAGGUGGUGGCUGACACCAAUAUCAGUGCCGUGGCCUCUCAGGUGGAGAAUCUGACCAGCACCAGUGGUCUGUCCGCCAGCACCGACACACACAUCCCAGCUGAACAGAAGGUUCCACGUCCCCAUAGCAUCACUCUGGAAAAAGGCUCUGAAGGACUUGGCUUCAGCAUUGUUGGAGGCUUUGGAAGUCCACAUGGAGACCUUCCAAUCUACGUGAAGACGGUUUUCAGUAAGGGCGCGGCGGCGGUGGAUGGGCGUCUGAAACGGGGCGAUCAGAUCCUGGCGGUGAAUGAAGAGAGCCUCCAAGGGGCGACCCACGAGCAGGCAGUCACCAUUCUGAAGAAGCAGAGAGGAACCGUCACGCUGGACGUCCUGUCCUAACACCAGCACGCCUGCAUGCUUGUGCACGUAUGAACACAUGAAUCCUGCUGUCCGACUCAUGGAAUUCAGGUCAAUGCUGAUCAUCAAAUCUGAGUUUCCCAACAUGCAAAAAACACUGAAACAGACGGACUCAUGAGGACCAACUCUUCCUGCGUUACCUGUACCUGGUGUGACCCUGGUGUGACCCUGGUGUGACCCUGGUGUGACCCUGGUGUGACCCUGGUGUGACCCUGGUGUCAGAUGACCUCUCAGGUGUCCUACCCUGGUGGUCUCCAUCCCAGAUGUCCCUGCAGACCCACAGACAGAUGUAUGACACGUAGUUACUCUCAGAUUAAAUAAAGUCUUCUCUGAUUCCACAGGUUCUGUUUCCCACCUAAAAGAUGCUGGUUCUGAGACAGUGGAACCAACAGAACCUGUCCACAAACUCGUUCUGGUUCUGACUGGGAUCUGCUCUGAUCCAAACCUUAAAGGACCAGAUUGUUGACCCUGCCAUCUAGAGGUCAAGUCUCUUGUUGCUUUGGGAAAGCGCUGAUUGGUGCGACAUUCCCAGGAGAGUGGAACUCAUUCUGGAUGUUGACACGUGCACGAAGGAACCACGGUAAACAGAACCCAGAUGGGCCCGUUUCGGAACCAGAUCCAGGUUUGGGGAUUUUGGGGUUCGUGUGAUGAAACCGCCUCAAGACUAGUUUAACGGUCAAAAACACUCGACGUGUCUGUCAGAGUUUCUCUUUUGUUGGGGUAACCAUAGCAACCGGAUACUUGUGCGUUGUUAGGCAGGUAAUCGUACCGGUGAAGCCGGUGUUGCAGAGAAAUGAUUAGAUACGAUGAAACAGUAAAUAAGUAACUAGCUUUUGUUCAGAAUCAAUCUGACGCUUCGACCUCCACGUUUCAAAAACCACUCACGUAGUUUUUAGUUUAACGCUCAGACGUCCGGAUACUUCUGCGAUAAAUCUCACUCUCGGGUUCUGGUUGGUUCCGAACAUGUUGCCUUGACAACGAACUCCUCUAGUCUUCCACACAAUGUACUUUAGGUUUGAAACUUUAGGGGAUAAAAUCAUCAGACUCACGUUAGAUUUACUGAUGAUGUCACGGACGCCAGAGGUCUGGGAGGUGGUGCUGUUCGCCGGCGUAGACGGAAAGAGUGACUGAACAUGGGCUUGCUGUCCCCACAGAGACCAGGAGCCAAGACCGGUGGACAUCAGAGCCUCCAAAGGUGUUUAAGUGGAACACUUGUUAUCUGGUUCAUACAAAAAUCACGAAAGCCAGACUCGCGUGUGUUUUCUCCCCAACAUGAACAUAUUUAGCCGUUAGCGUGUAGCUGGUAGCUAACACACACAUUCCUCCGUUCAAGCUUGUAGGACUGAAAAUGAAAAGUGUGCCUCUAUGUUUGGGCAGGAGUUGUGGGUUCAAUGCCAGGCUGGACAGAAACUUCCAUUUCUGUACACACAACGUUUUCUUGAGAUGAAUAAUUGGUGUUUUGAGGGUGAACUGAUGUCCGCCGGUCGCCUGGAGCGGCCGUUUCUGUUGACUUCAUCAGACGCUUGAGUGAAACCUUCUGUGUGCAUCUUUCAGGGAAUUAUGUUCUUUGAACAUUUGAUCAAGUCAGAUGUUUUCUGUGUCAUUUACAGAGAAAUACAAGUGAUGUGUAGUUGAAUCAUUAAUCACAGAUGAAUGCACUAAAAGAGUCUUUCGGAGACAUUUCUUUGGACAUUUGCACCAAAUAAAGAGCAACAGCUGUUUCAUCAAAAA